GGACAAUAGUGACAUCUCGAUCGCCACCCCAGUAAAAUUUUAAAUAAGAGGAAGAGAACGGAAAACGAGCAGCUCCUGGUGAAUUUGGAUUUCAAGGAUUUCCAGACACUGUACUUGCAUUUUCGGGGGAGAUUUAACUGACGCCUACCUCUUCUUUAAAGCCCACUUGUUUCAAAUUGCUUAAGAAAAGAAAGGUCGUAGUAAGAAUGAAGGGUUUUGUCUGCUUUGGACACUGGAGAAGGUAUGUGCUGAUAUUCAUUCUCCUCGCUUCCAAUAUAAAGUGCACUGCAGCUGUGACACACUACUCUGUUCCCGAGGAACUGGAAGAAAGCUCUGUUGUAGCAAAUCUAGCCGGGGAUUUGGGAAUAGAUGUGAAGACACUGGUCGAACGGAAAAUGCGUCUAGAGAUCAUUGCAAAUAGAAAAUAUCUGGACGUGAACAAAGAAACAGGGGAGCUGUACAUUGUUGAACGAAUUGACAGAGAAUCUCUCUGUCCCGCUAAGACGUCAUGUUAUCUGAAAAUGGAGGCAAUAAUCGAAAAUCCCAAAAGAAUUUUUUACAUAGAAUUAGAGAUAAUGGACAUAAACGAUAACGCGCCCCACUUCCGAAGAGACACCAUAGAUUUAGACAUUUCAGAAGGGACAGAGGCUGGAGAGCGUUUUUCAGUGAGCAACGCAGUUGAUCCAGAUGUUGGAUCGAACUCCGUAAAAGCCUACCACUUGAGUGAGAGUGAUUAUUUCACUAUCGAAAUUCAAACAGGAAGAGAUGGAUCAAAAUUUGCUGAUUUGAUCCUUACAAAAAAACUAAAUCGAGAAGAACGCGCUGCUCAUAAUUUAAUUCUUACGGCCGUAGAUGGCGGUAUACCGCCUAGUUCAGGAACUGCUACUGUUUUUGUUCACGUUUUAGAUACAAAUGACAACGCCCCUAAAUUUGAAGAAGACAGUUAUCAGGUUAGUGUACUGGAGAAUUCUCCAGUUGGAAGUAUUGUUAUUCAUCUUAAUGCGACAGAUUUAGAUGAAGGCUUAAAUUCAGAAAUAGUAUAUUCAUAUAGUCUGUAUACAUCGGAAAAAACACAGGAAACCUUUAAUCUAAACCCUACGACGGGUGAGAUUACUGUAAAGGGGGUGUUAAAUUAUGAAGAUUUCAGGAUUUAUGAUAUGGAAGUUAUAGCUGCUGAUAAAGGGCAGCCCGAGGUCAUAGUAUAUAACCUCUUUGUUGAUAUUCAUAGAGGUGAGCUUUCUUGGAACCGAGACAUCGAUUUUGCGCAUCCAGAGGCGUUUUAUUUGUGA